AUGGAGGAAAUUACAUUUUUAGCCCCCGCAAUGGUACGAGCUUUGCUUGUACCUGUUGCUGAAUUUGACCAAACUAAAUUUAGAAAUGUCGUUGAAGUGCUGAAACGAGUAAAGGAUGUUAGAGCUCUGGAUUUGGUACAUAGUCCAGGAAAAUUUAAUCCACAGGCAUAUCCACAGGGCCACGUAUAUUAUAAUUUUAUUACCAGAGAUGAUGAUGCUGAUUCUUUGUUUUUACACGAUUUUGAACCAUUUAGGAAGACCGCUGUUGUUAUUGGGUUACUCGGAUGGUCUAAAGAAGUAACUGAAGAAAUCAUCAGAUUGAAAAAGAAUCAAUUGCAGAGGAAAUAUCCCGCCCCUAUCGCUAAUAUAAUUAUGAUUUUUGGUUGCCCUAUUGCUUUUGAGUCUAAGAUUAGUGAUGUAUUUUGUGUCGAUGAGAACUUGUCUAAUAUUGAGACACGAAUCUGUGAUGCCACAUCGAGAUUUCUGUGUAAAUUUUCAGUCUAUGCUUCUGCAUAUGAACACACUACGUUAAGAUCACCUGGAAAUCUUACUGGGGUAGUUUUGAAGCAGAGGAAAAGACUAUCAAGUUCUUUUGAAAUGAACCCAGAAAGAUCAAAACAAAUGGUUACAAGGGGAAGAAGACUAAAAUUGAACGCCAAUUUUUAUUUGAUGGCUGGUAACUUAAAAGCUUCAUUAAAUGAUUUUUCUGAAGCAAUUUUUAACUUGAAAGCAGCUAACGACUAUUUAUGGCUGGCCUCUGCAUUGGACGGAUUGGCUGUAUGUAUCUUUUUACUGUCAUCACUCGGCGUGCCAUAUAGACUUCCCCAAUUUCUAAAUUCUCUGAUAAAUUCAGGAAAGAACGUCAAAAGUAUGCUCAGGUCUCCUUCCACAACACCAAGGCCAUCUUUUCAACUGAGUGAUAUUUCGACAAGUUUCAGUUCUUUUAACGAAUCAGAUGGUGAACUGAAUGUCAUGCCAUUCGAUGUUGUCGAAGAAACUAUCAUCAAUUGUGGACAUUUGAGCUCUUAUUAUUAUGAAUAUGCUAAAACAGAACAAACAGAAAAUGUGCCAGCUAUUGUUUCGUCUGAAAGCUUAAUCAGAUAUGCUUUGUUGAUGGUUUUGGUUGACCUAAAUGGUAAAUAUGAUAUGAGUUUGGUCAACGAAAUUGUGCAGGGCAAGUCCUUACAUGAGGGAAGGUACAUUUCUGAGAAUUUUAAUAUGGAGUUUUUCAAUUUUAUAUGCUUCCAUGUUUUAAACACCGAUUUUGAGAAACUGCCCGUGAACUCACAACUACGUAUCUACCAAACAUUGGCCUUUCUUUUUUCUAAGGCUAAAAUGAAAAUGAAGAAAGCUUUAAUGGUAUAUAAUUUUUUGGAUUUGAUAAAUGCUUCCGAGCAACAAUUAUUCUCAAGCAUUAGCGGUUAUGAGAGAUUAGACUUAAUGUUGAGAGAUUUCUGCGAAACCUAUGAUAUUUUCAUUGACAGACCUGAAGAUAUUAUUCGGCCGAAUUACAUACAGAAAGACCUGUUACUUCAUAUACUAAAACUAUGCGAAAGAGUAGGUUAUCGUGGAGGCUAUGUCAUAUAUGGACUUUUUAUUUUGACCAAUUUCAAGCAGAUACUUGGAUCCUCUCAGCAAGUUGAAAUCUAUGACAAAAUAAAACGUUUUAGCUCUUUUGUCAAGGUUGGUGCUAGAUGUUGGAACGAUGAUUUUCUUGUUGGGAUAGACUUCGAAGCUGUAUCUGGGAAACUAGUUGAGGGUGAAGAAAGCACAGUCAAAAUUCACAUACGAAAUCCUUAUGCGUUUGAGCUUGAUAUUAAAGAAUUAAGUCUUUCAACAAAAGACAACUUUUCGUUUAAACUCUUGUCACCAGACAAAAAAUCAAUUAACGAUUUUAAAGAUUCAUAUAAAAUCGUUUUGAAGCCAUAUUCAGAAAUUCUGGUUUCAUUGUCAAUAAUUCCAGAAAACAACGGAACCUUUGCUGUGGACGGGAUAAUUGCUUCAAUAGGUAUUUGCGAUAAACGGAAAUAUUCAGUGAGAGUUGAAGACAUGUCUGCAUUUCCUCCAAAACUAAAAAAAUCUGUACACUGUUGCGAGACAGAAACUAAAUUUAGAGAAUGGAGAAUCCAAGUUGUUCACAAACAACCGCUUCUGAAAAUAGUCGAAGUGAAACUAAGAGAUAAGUGGCUCAUGUUGCUUGACGGAGAAAGGAAACAGUUUAGCGUCAUAUUGAAAAAUACAACAACCUCAGAUAUCAAUCACUUGGUUUCUAUGUUUAGAGAUUCUACUACAGACAUAUUAAAUGCUGAGUUGAAUAACAAGGCACUGCGACCUAACGAAAUAUACGAGAUUGAAUAUCAAAUAUAUAAGAAGAAACCAUUUAAAAUCUUGAAUAAGAAUGAUCUUGUGAAAAUCAAAGGAAAUCAAACAUUCAAACUUGAUCUUGAAAUUGUUGGGAAGCUUGACGUGAAAGAGGCAAAUCUAGUUCUUGAAUAUUCCUAUCAAAAAAAUACCAUUGCAGAAUAUAUAAGGAGCCUAUCAAUUCCAGUGAGUUUAACAGUAUAUCCAAGUGUAGAACUUGCCGGCUGUGAUAUUAUUCCACUAACUUCCAAUACCAGUAUUGGGGAUAUGGAAAGCAAAACUUGCUGGCAAUUUUUGAAAGAAGUAAGUGAGGAGCAUCACAACCUUGCCGAUUUUUGUUUGAUUGCAUUGGACUUCGUCAAUAUGUGGUCAGAAGAAAUGGAGAUAGUGAUACAGUACAGGAUGGAUGGCUCGAGUGGUGCUAAGGAACCUCGUAUGUUUAUCACUUCCGAGCAGCUACAGACAAGAAAAAAUGUUAGAAUGUUUGUCCCUAUAAAAAGAAUGGACUUAGAUGAGCAGCUCUUGGAACAGAAAAUCCCAAGUCUGAGGAAUAAACAAUUUGUGGUUGAUAAAAAAACACCGCUUGCUGAGCAGCAUUUCAUUAAGCAUUCAUUUUGGUACAAAGAGGAAAUACUGAAGCAUUUAUCUGCUAUUUGGAAAGUAUCUUCCAGUGUUUCAAGCUCAAUGUAUCUAGGCAGGUCAGGAGAGAUCAAUAUGAGAGGAUUUAGGUUUUCUUCUAGAAUGAUUGAGAAUAUAAGAGUUGAAAAAGUGAAGUUGAAACUCAAGCUGCUAAAUGACCAAGACAUAGUGCAAGAUUUAAAUAAUGUGUAUUUGAACCAAUUCUAUACUGUCAGAAUUGAAAUUACAAAUAGAAACAAAUAUCCCAUUUUCGGAAUGCUUAGACAUAUUCCUGUGUGUAAGGAUCCACCCUACACGUAUGAGAAGAAGGUACUUAUAAAUGGUGUAUUGCAAUUUAGCAUUGGGAAACCUUUAGACUCCAACGAAACGAUGAUAUUCGAAUUGGGGAUUGUGUUUAUUGAGAAGGGAGAUUAUGAAUGGGGCGCUCUGUUUGAUGAAAUGCCUGAUUGGAAAGACGGUAACCUCACUAUCAAGAAACAGCAUUUGCAACGAGAGCAACUGAAAUUCAAAGUUCAAUAA